AUGGCUCUGCUGCUGCUGCAGCCACCAGGGACUCGGGGGGCUCAGUGUCCCAUCCCUGCCAUUGAGAACGGGCAGCUGAUCUCCGCUCAGAACUUCACCUGGGGCAGCCCGGCCACUCUGCGCUGCCAGCCCGGCUUUGUGCCGCUGGGCGCUGCCAGCACCGUGCGCUGCACACCCGGCGGCCGCUGGUACCCACGGGUGCCCUCCUGCGUGCCAGGGCAGUGUCCCCACCCUCCCCCUGUGGAAUUCGCCGAUCCCCAGCCCCGCCGGGAGUUCCCGGUUGGGAGCACCGUGAGUUACUCCUGCAGGCUCGGCUUCUCCCCGGUCCCCGGCGUGUCCCCAACCAUCAGCUGUCUUCAGAACUUCACGUGGUCCUCGGUGCCCCGGCUGUGCCAGAAGGUGCAGUGUCCCAGCCCGGUCAUCCCCCACGGGAGAGAGGCCAGCCCCAGGAGAGCCUCCUACACCUUCGGGCAGCAGCUGGAGUUCCAGUGUGAGCCUGGCUUCGCGCUCAGGGGCAGCGAGAGGGUGCAGUGCCUGGCAGAGGGGAUGUGGAGACCCCCCGUGCCCUACUGCGACAGGGUGUGCGACCCCCCUCCCAAAAUCGCCGGCGGGCAGCACUCUGCCCUGGGGGUCAAGCAGUUCCCCUACGGCUUUGAGGUCAAGUACAGCUGUGCAGAGGGGCUGUCCCUCAUCGGGGACGAGUCCAUCUACUGCACCUCCCAGGAUGGCGACAGGCUGGCGUGGAGCGGAGCUGCCCCCGAGUGCAGGCUGAUCCGGUGCCCCAAGCCCGUGGUGGAGAGGGCGAGGAUGACCCCACAGACGUUCACCUUUCCCUAUGGGCUGCUCCUGCACUUCUCCUGUGAUGAAGGCUUCAGGCUGCACGGCGCUGCCCAGAGCCAGUGCCUGGCUGAUGGCACCUGGGGCCCUCCCCUGCCCACCUGCCAGCCAGUGCUGUGUCCAGAACCACGAGUGCUCUACGGAAGGCUGAGAAACCCUUUGGGUGGUGAGAGGUGGUACCAGAGCAAUGAAACCGUCACCUUCGAGUGCCUGCCUGGCUACCAGCUCCCAGACAAUGCCAGGAUGCCUUUGGGAGACGCUGGGACAGCCACGUGUUUGCCUGACGGCAGCUGGACACCGCUGCCCAAGUGUGUGAAAGAAGAUGAUGCUGAUGUGUGCCAAGAGGUUCAUUACAUUAAAUCGACCUUUGAAUGUGGCGUGCCUGUAGAAGAGCUGAAAAGUCUGCUGGAAAUACAGAAGCUGUUCCUGGAGAUUAAAAAACUCCAGGCGGAACUCGAAAACUGAAACAAAACUGGAUCCCUGCGACACUCACCUUUCCUUUGGUGAUCUCACAGUUUGUGCAGUCACAGCAUCUCUGAGAGGGCUCUGGGUGAUUUUAUGGUUUAUGUUUGCAUGCCUGGAGUCAGAAAAAUAAACACCAGGGCAUGGGAGGCUGCUUUUGCUGUGCUGGAUGCCAGGGCAGGGAGUGGGUUUUGCUCUAACCUACAAGCUUGAUUUGCUCUUUAACUAAAAAAUUGUUCCACAUUUCACAUCAGGAAGCAUAGAAAAAUUAAAUGUAGCUUUUUAAAGAAAAAGCUGUCUUAACUGUGGUAAGCUGAGGCAAAUGGGAGCGAAGUCCAGAAAAGCUGAGGUGAGUCCAGAGCUGGCUCUGAGCUCUGUG